UGACUCUUAAUGUAUAUAUGUAUAUGUAAAAUAUAAACCAAUUCUUGCUCGUUCUGUUGUAUGAUUUUUUCGCUAGAAUGGCUGCAGGACCUAUUGCCGAAAGGAAUCAGGAUGCAACUAUAUAUGUUGGCGGUCUUGACGACAAAGUGUCUGAGACUUUACUUUGGGAAUUGUUUGUUCAAGCUGGACCGGUGGUAAACGUGCAUAUGCCCAAGGAUCGAGUAACACAAAUGCACCAGGGUUAUGGUUUUGUAGAAUUUCUUAGUGAGGAUGAUGCAGACUAUGCUAUUAAAAUUAUGAAUAUGAUCAAACUCUAUGGAAAACCAAUACGGGUGAAUAAAGCCUCAGCUCACCAAAAAAAUCUGGACGUAGGUGCAAAUAUUUUUAUUGGCAAUUUGGAUCCCGAAGUGGACGAAAAAUUACUGUACGAUACUUUUUCGGCUUUUGGAGUUAUUCUGCAAACUCCAAAAAUAAUGCGUGAUCCAGAAACUGGCAAUUCCAAGGGAUUUGCUUUCAUAAAUUUUUCCAGCUUUGAAGCUUCCGAUGCUGCUAUGGACGCUAUGAAUGGACAAUAUCUCUGUAAUCGACCUAUUUCGGUUUCGUACGCCUUUAAGAAAGAUUCUAAAGGAGAGAGACAUGGAUCUGCGGCCGAACGAUUAUUAGCAGCCCAAAACCCUUCAUCACAUGCUGAUCGUCCUCAUCAGCUAUUUGCAGAUUCCCCAGUACCGAAUAUGGUGGCAGUAAUUCCCGGACAAAUUAUUCCACCACCACCACUAAUGGCUCCUCCACCUCCGCCUGUAUCUUCAAAUAACAUGUUACCGCCACCUCCGCCGGUUCCCCCUCCACAAGUGACAGGAUUUCCAGCUGCUAUACCUCCUCCUCCGCUUCCACCCCUCUCUACCGGCCAGCCGCCUUUGCCUCCACCCGUUGGUAUUCCACCGCCACCUCGCAUGGCAGGUUAUACUACAUCACCUCAUCCACCAUUUCCUAAUGGCAUUCCAUCAGUACCUCCCCGUGUUCCUCAGCAUAAUUGGAGACCACAAGGAUUUCCAACACCUCCGCCAGUUGGAUACCAAUACUGAUGGCAGAAUUAGCUGCAAAUAUAAUAUUUCGUAAUUUGUUUAAAUGUAUUUAAAUCCGUUAUAAGAAAUAAAACUAAUUUGAAGAUGAAAAAAAUUGCAAUAUA